AUGACUUUGCUCAAAAGAAUCAAAAAUCAUAGUUGCGACGGGCAAAGCUUGCCGAGGCUGGCGCUGGUGCACUAUAAAAGGAAAAAUCAUAGUUUGGAGUUUAUAGCAAUACCUCUUGCGAGUGUUGUCAAUCAUGCCCCCAAGACUUCCGGAAAGGCUGCCAAGAAGGCCGGUAAGGCCCAAAAGUCUAUCACCAAGGGUGAUAAGAAGAAGAAGCGCAGGAGGAAGGAGAGCUACAGCAUCUACAUCUACAAGGUGUUGAAGCAGGUCCACCCUGACACCGGUAUCUCCUCCAAGGCCAUGUCCAUCAUGAAUUCUUUCGUGAAUGACAUUUUUGAGCGCAUUGCCGCUGAGGCUUCCCGCCUUGCCCACUACAACAAGCGUUCCACCAUCACCAGCCGGGAGAUUCAGACCGCCGUCAGGCUUCUGCUCCCCGGUGAACUGGCCAAGCACGCUGUCAGCGAGGGCACCAAGGCCGUCACCAAGUACACUUCCUCUAAGUAAAUUGCUUGGUUGCUCGGUUUCUCCGGUCUCCUACAACAACAUCGGCUCCUUUAGGAGCCACA